AUUCCGACCGCGGUCUUAUUGGUUUCAACACGUGCGGUUAAAAUUUGUAAAAGUUUUAAAUAUAAAUACCUGAGGAAAAUGGAUAGCACGAAGCGCAAGGAGCCGCUGUUGUACAUGGAGGAGUACCGGGUCAAGCAGGAUCCGCAGGACUAUGGCCUGGCGGACGACAUAUUCACAAUUGAGACAUUUAAAGAGAAGCUGCAAAUAACCAUCGUGAGAAACGAUGAAGAUGGCUUGGAGUUCGAUCUGAUUGGAGUUUAUCCGGCCAUAGCCAAUGCCUUCCGCCGACUAAUGCUUAGCGAUGUGCCCAGCAUGGCCAUCGAAAAGGUGUACAUAUACAACAACACCUCGAUCAUCCAGGAUGAGGUCCUGGCCCAUCGGAUGGGCCUGCUGCCGCUGAGAGCUGAUCCUCGACUCUUUGCUUAUCGCACGGAGGAAAGCAGCGAAGCGGGGACAGAGCAGGAUACUCUGGAGUUUGAGCUGAAGGUGAAGUGCUCAAGGCGUCGGGAUGCAGGCAAGGAUCAGUCGAACUUCGAUGACAUCUACAAGAACCACAAGGUGUACUCGGGCCAUCUGAAGUGGCUGCCCAAGGGGAAGCAGGCGCAGAUCUACAGCGAGAGUGCAGUGAACUGCAUCCAUGAGGACAUACUGAUUGCCCAACUCCGACCGGGUCAUGAGCUGGAUUUACGCUUGGUGGCUGUUAAGGGACUCGGACGGGAUCACGCCAAGUUCUCGCCUGUGGCGACGGCCACUUACCGACUGUUGCCACAGAUCAAACUAAAUCGCGAGGUGACCGGCAAGGAUGCGUACCUUCUGCAGAGCUGCUUCUCGCCCGGAGUGAUUGGCAUCGACGAGAACGAGAGCGCCUAUGUGAAGGAUGCGCGAUAUGAUAGCUGCAGCCGGAAUGUCUAUCGCUAUCCGCAGCUCAGCGAUGCCGUUACCUUGGCCCGUGUCCGAGACCACUACAUCUUUUCCGUGGAGUCGGUGGGCGCCCUCAAGCCGGAUGUUAUCUUUCUGGAGGCCAUCAAAGUGCUGAAGAAGAAGUGUCGAGCGUUUAUAGACGAAAUUGAAGCGGAAUAGAUUUAUAUUUAGUUGCUAAAAGAAUUAUUCUAUGUACAUAAGACAACAACACUUGAUAUAAAAUAUGUAAGCCUAA